CUUGCAGAUAGUAAAGUUUGAUCGGAAAUAUCACAAGUUAGUACAGUGAUAACCAAAACAAGACAAUACAUACAUGUUUAAUGGAUUCCAAUGAUGACAUCAAAAAUGGCCUUUGGGAAAAACUACAAGAGUUGCGGGAAAACAAAACUUCGGAGUUGAGAGGCCGGCAUUACCUUGGACGAGUACCAGAACCCCCUAAACUUGUUUUAUCUGUCAUCGGUGAUUCUAGUAGCUUUGUGCCUGAACCAUGGUUUACAUCAGUUUUAAAAGCAGGGCUUAUCGAGACAGCAAAGGGUGCAAAAGACUGCUUGAUUAUAUACAAAGGCUCAUCCGAAAAAGUUAGUACUAUCGUUCGUGAAGCAGUGGUUAAUUUCGAAAAGCUGUCAACAGAGGGUGAUGACGAUUUUAUUUGUCUGGUAGGACUUUUGCCAAAGAUUGAUGUAAAUAUUAAAGAUGAGCAUUAUCAUCUUGAUCGUCAGGAUACCCAUCAAUAUGGGAGAGAACACUGGAAAAUGAGCAACCGUGUUUUGGGGGAAAUAUUCAACAUUCAGAUGAAAGAAGACCUUUACCCCAAAGCACAUGCGUCUACCCUGAAAGCCAUCAGCAAAAAUAAAACAUCAUUUAUGAAACUGCAGGAUAAUUUCUUGACCUGUUUAGUGCCUGUCCUGACAAUAGUGGCAGAAGGAGACUUUGACACCAUCGAAUCUGUACUUCAAGUUUUGAAGCAGAACCUUCCUGUUCUUAUCCUUAAAGGAUCUGGAAAAGCAGCAGAUUUCAUUGCUGAUUUUAUUUGGGAUGGCAAUUCUGAGUCAUCUGAUGAAUAUGUAAAAGACAAAACGCCAUUGACGUUUGGUGUUAUUUCCUAUGCACCACAACUAAAUGGUCUUUCUGAAAAACUGAAAGAAAUAAAAGAACACAAAUGUCUCGUUACGUUAAUAGAUAUAACUACACAAACAAAGCCAACCGAAUUUUCAGACUUUGUGACAAAAGCAAUCAUUCGUGGAUGGUCUCAAAGGAAACCAGAAGUGAAUCGAAGUGAAAUGAAAGCCUCUGAUUAUAAUAAUGAGUCAAAUGAUCCAACAAAAGAGAAACAUGAAACCACACCAGACCCUAGAGAACUUUAUUCCGGAACAAAUUCAGAAAAGUGUCCAAGUGUGAUCCAACCAAAUAGUAACAAGGUCCAUCCAAUGACAGUUACAAUGAAUGCUGUUUGUGAAGUUAACUACGAUUUCCAUACGAAAAAAGGAGCAUUUAUGGAGACCUACAAGGAAACGUUGACUCCUGCCUCAUUACCAUUGUAUUAUUACAUUGCGUAUCAGUUUAUACAAGAAAUGAACGACCCAAACAAUGGAACGGAAAAUACCAAAGUACAGAAUUUCAAUAUACUUUUGAAAGAAGCUAUUGUGGCUAAUAGAGAUGAGUAUGUGUCGGUAUUACUGGAGGAAGAUGGUGUUCGAUUCGAGGAGAAUCACUUCCCAGAUAUAUACGAGGAAACAGUCUUAUCAAGAAAUAGGGAAGAUACAGAUUUUCAACAUAUUUUAAAGUGGGGAUCAUCAUCAUCGAUAGAUUCUUUGAGAAGUUCCUGUCACAUAAAGCGAAUUGGAGAUUUGCUAGCAAACACUCAAAAAUGGUUACAAAGGCACCCACUAAAAGAAGCUAAAGAUGCCUCAGAAGUUUUAUUCAACAAGUUUAAAGACACUUACGACAAGGAGAGUAAAGGCAAACAGAUAGAUCAAUCGGAAAGUCUCGAGGAACAAUCAAAACUCAUGAAAAGUACGAAAUGCGCAGCAACUUGUGUAUCAAAGGUCAUUGGCACACUUACAGAACUAGAUUAUGCAAAAGAAGCUUUGGAAUGGUUAAAAAAUUUCGAUAAUACGGACUUUACAAACUCGUUGACUGUAAAGUUCGACUUCAUUCCAGAGCUGCUAAACAAUCUAAGGAAAUAUGCAACAUCACUUAAAAGGGCAAUACAUUUGUUUAAAGAGUUAGCGGAUGAACAACAAACGACUUGGAAAACAAUUAAGGCUAAACAAGAUUCAUACAGAAAGAUCUCAAAUUUACUCAAAGAAGGUGCUGAAAUGUUUUCCACGGCAGAAGAGGUUGUUGGUCAGUUAAGAAAACUUGACGCCGAAAGCAAUCCGAAAUAUCGCAAUUUAUUCAAAAAGUCUAUCGAAGAAAUUAGUUCUUACAGUAGUCACAAGUGUAUAAAAGCAUGUCGAAAUAUUUGCCAAGCAUUGUUGGGUUAUCCAAAAAGUGAAUGUCUGGAUAAUAGGCUUUCCGUGGUUAAGGAAAACAACAUUCAUGAAGAAAAACUACAGACCAAUGCAGGUUGUCGACAUCAAACAGGUGGUAGUGAGAUUCAACAAGAGAGGAAUGAGGCUGGUAGUCGAGAUCAAGCAGGUUGUAGUGGGAUUCAGCAAGAGAGCAGUGGUGGAGGUGCUCAUGAAGAGAUGAGUUGUAGAGUGGAUCAAUCAGAGGGGGUUGAUGAGCCAAAGAAAGGAAUAAAAGAUGAUAACCUGACGAAAUCGGAUUCAUCGUUCGAGGAUCUGUUGAUUUGGGCAAUAUUGGUAAACAGACCAAAACUAGCAACUAUAUUUUGGAUGAAAUGCAACAAUCAGCUAUGCAAGUAUUGAAUAAGGAUUCAUAUAAGAGAG